GUUCAAUUGAAUACUCAAUCUUUUGAAAUGUGCUGUAAUGUCAUUCUGUCAAGGUUUGAGAGCGCAUAUAAUCUCGGAUUUCUGCUCUGCUCCUUGUCCCGCCCAGAGUCUAUUGGUCUGUCAGCCUUUAGUGGGACGGCCCUUAUUUUAUAGUAGUUUUUAGCCAGCGUCAACUCUGAUAACCGUAUAUUAGAAAUAUAUUCCUAGAAUGUCGAGCAGAUCCUCCUCAAACACUUGGAUUGUGCCAUACAACAUUUACUUGCUCUAUCAAAUUUUCAAGCAUUAACUGGAUCAUUGAAGUUAGAGCUCAUCGGAGAGACAUAGAUGAAUAGAGAUAUUGGAACCUGAGCUCAUAAAAGAUGCACAUGACCACCCAAGCACGUAUGCGAGGGCAAAUCAACAGAUUCGAGUGAAUGUUAAGUGAUUGCCUUUUCCCAUCUUGUAACUUGGAAUAGGUCUGCAGAACAUUCGAAUCGUGAAUGUUGCAGAUUUCACCGUCUGUCAACCCCAGCCGCAGUUCAGAAUUGUAUCUAAAUCUAUGAGAAGGCUGAUGACUGGUAACCAGUCACCUUCUGCGCAGGCCUUUUGCGCCAUGACACCAUGCCCUGCUACUACGUUAUCGCAAACAGUUGACGGCUCCUACUGUAGUGACCCAGGGCAUUCAAGUAAUAAGUCAAUUCCUGAUUAAAGUUCACCGAUGCCCAUCAUAUUUACACAGCCGAGGGGAAAAAAAGCAAUUUCCACCUUUAGUUACCUAACGGUCUCGACAAAUUCAGAAAUGCUUCUCUAUGGCUUGUGGUUGCAGAGCUGCAGGACUUGCCCCUUGCAAAGGCUAUGAAAAAACUUACAGCUUCUUAAAAAAAGACAGGGGAACAUCUAUAAAGCAAGGACCUGGAAAAAUGGUGAUUUACCGUUGCAGCAAAGAGAUUUGACAUGCAAAUAGUAUUUGUAUGGGACUGAAUUGGACCCAAGUUCAUCAAAUGGGUCUGAAUACCCUAACAGUUUCUCUGCAUAUGAAACCGUGAAGUUGAGGUUAGAACCUACAAUCUUCAAGGGUGGGCUCAGAUUCCAGGGGAAUCCUGCAGAGGAGGAGAGCAACAUGCUCUGCUUCAGAAUCACCAGAGGUUCUAUAGGGGCAAGGUGCUAACUCAGUCCGGUGUACCGAACACCAAUUGUUGAAAUCUUACUCUGCCAUGGCGUUAUAAUACCCUCUGGGCAGCCCCAUAAAGUUACUAGCAGCCCGGAUUGGUGCAGGCUCAGAUCAAGGCAGCUCGUUGGAAUCUAAAAGAGACUACCACUGUAGAAUCCGAGUUUCUCUCCCUUGCUGUUUGAUGAGCAGUAUGUACCGUCCUCCUUUCUUAAAAGCGACCAGAUUUCACUGGGAUUGUUUUUCAAGCACAGCCUGCAGCACUGACCCGCAUUAAUUGCAGCUCCAUUUUCUACGAUAGUGCAGUCUUCGAGAUGGAUCGAGGUUGGAAGUUCUUAACACCAACCGAAGUUAACAUUCGCGACGUUGAAUGGUGUAAGAAUGUUUUGGCUUUGUACAUAAGGAAGUGCUUUCGAGUACGGAUGGAACUGAUCAAGUAUCCAAGAAAGUGUAAUUCCAUUGCGACUUGGUGGUAGGCCGGUAAUAGAGUGCUGGGUGAAGACUGGGUUGUGUAGAUUUCAAUGGAAAAGGACUCGUCGGAGAGGAAAGAGGUCAUUUUUACGGUUGCAAAUUUAGUGCUUCAAUGCAAAACAAUGUUUUGAGAUUCCAGCAAAGAAGAGGCUGUGGUAGAGUUCGCAGUUGCUGUCAUUUAACGUGUGCAAGUAUUUCAAGGUCGGUAUAUAUGGUUUUCGACUUCACUAAAGCGACUUGACACUGCUAACGUGCGGGAGGGCAGUUUGGCAAGGACCAGCCGUAGUACUCUCUGCAUGCAAUGCCAAAAUCGUUGCGCCAGAAGAUGCAAAUUGCACAGAUUGUUUUAAUUAUUGUCGUUGCGCUAGUCAGUCAGGGCAGUUAUUCAGGUGUAACUGUCUAAUUAUUAUUCGGUGGAUCAUAUCAGUGCAUGGCCUAGGCGUCAAAUUAUCCGAACCUGCAUCUUUCUCUGUCGUGGUUGCUCGGGUAAUGGUUCAAAACAGGAAUUAGUCGUUUCUGUACACUGGAUAGUGUAGCUAGUCAUGUCAACGAUCCAACUUGCGAUGCUUGACAGGGUCUGAGUCCAAAAACCAAGCAAAACGAGUGUGGAACAACACUGGUGGUAUGUCAUAGUUCAGGAUCUCCGAAUCAGAAUAUGACAGAUGAUCCGAGGAAUGUAAUUGAUGACAUCUAAAGUUGUCAGCGUUGCAGAGAUCCUGAAAGUAUAGAGUGCUGAGGCAUCAUUCAAUUGACGUAUACCACCACAUAAGGAGAGUUGUCCAGAGUAAAUCUUCCAGAGCUGGUUGAAUGGCAAGAGGUAUUCUAGUGUCUUGAGCUCUCUUAACCACCGUGAUUUAUAGAUUCACCUGAGGUUGGCUUGUUGAAGGAGGAGGCUUCGGGAAGCAUUCAAGGAAGUUUGUAACAAGGUCCUUUGUUCUGCGUUUCUCAUCAGCAAGCAAGACGCGACCUUUUUCUUUGGACAACACAAGUAAUAGAUGGUCACCAUGGUUCUAUUGCCAGACAAGCAAUUCACCCAGGAGCUGAUCCAGGUUCAGGAAAAACUGAUCUUUUUGAACACUGCUGAGGACUACAAUAGAACAACUCCGUUUGCAUUGGCUAGUAAAGUUCAUUUUAUACAAAGUCGAAGGAGAAAGACAGUUCGGCUAUAUCCUCGUUACGGCUCAUCUCUGAGCAACAUGAUUUAUGUCUGCAGUCCUGGAAGCUGUACCAGACUGGCGUGGAGCAUCGCGUCUUUGACCCUCUUGGUGUGUUUGCUUCUCGUUAGGGGUCGCAUGGGAGAACAUGGCGACGAGCUUUCUCCCUUGUCGACGAUCCAUGAACAGGGGUCUAGUCUUUCCUUCAGAGACCACGCUCUCCUCUCGUCCUUGCGUCUAGACGGUUCUCUCACAUUCUCUAACACUUCGUCUGCUGCAUCCGACUUCGGCCGCAUUCGAUACUCGUUACCUGGAGCUAUUCUGUACCCAAAGUCAGUUCGCGACGUUGAGUUGGCAGUCCGCGCUGUGCAAAGCUCUAAGGGUUCGGGUCUCACGCUUGCUGCGAAGGGCAGUGGUCAUUCGGUGCACGGACAAGCUCAGGCGCUAAGAGGGGUAGUCAUAGAGAUGUCGACUUUGAAGGGCAUCAAGGUUGCUCCGAAUGGAGAGCCUGGAUUUCGGCAUCCUUUCGUGGAUGCGGCCGGUGGGGAGUUGUGGAUCGAUAUCUUGAAGGCUACGUUGAGGGAAGGAUUAGCGCCCAGAUCCUGGACUGACUAUCUGUACUUGAGCAUUGGUGGUACUCUCUCAAAUGCUGGUGUCGGUGGCCAAUCGUUUCUGUUCGGACCUGAAAUCAGCAAUGUAUUGCAGCUCGACGUCGUCACAGGAACGAGUCAGUUAGUUAAGUGCUCUCCGACGAAGAAAUCCGAUUUGUUUCAUGGCGUCCUUGGCGGUUUGGGCCAAUUUGGUAUUAUAACGAGCGCACGCAUAAUUCUUGAGCCUGCUCAUGAGAAGGUAAGGUGGAUUCGAGCAAUGUACACCGACUUUGCGACGUUCACAAGAGAUCAAGAAAUGCUCGUUACCCAGGCUCCAGAAUCAGCGUUUGACUACAUUGAAGGUUUUGUUGUCUUGAAGAAUAAGGAUUCUAGUCACGGCUGGAAUUCCGUACCCUUCGAUGCAAAGAAAAUCGAUCCUAGCAUUAUUCCUGAAGAAGGUGGCUCUGUUCUAUAUUGUAUUGAGCUUGUCAAGAAGUUCAGCCCGAACCACAUGGACACCUUGAAUAAGACGGUGGAGAGGAUGGUGGCUCCGCUGAGCUUCAUCCCAACCCUCAUCUUCACCAUCGACGUCCCAUAUGAGAAAUUCCUCAACAGGCUUCACGAGGUCGAAAUCAGUUUAGAUUCUCAGGGACUCUGGAAUGUGCCACAUCCAUGGCUAAAUUUAUUCGUGCCACGAUCGUCUAUUGGAUUGUUCGAUGCUCUCAUUUUCAAGCAAAUGAUCAAGGACGAUUUCAGUGGUCCAAUCCUGAUCUACCCGCUCAACAGAAACUGGUGGGACUCACGAUCAUCAGCAGUCAUACCAGACGAGAGCAUUUUUUACCUGGUCGGCUUCCUUCGCAUCUCACUGCCAUCGUCAGGAGCCCUUCUCGGCAAUCUAAUCGCUGACAACGACAAAAUCAUGCAAGUUUGCCACAGUGCGAAACUGGGAUGCAAGAAGUACCUUCCCGAGUACGAAGACACAGAAAGUUGGAAGCUCCAUUUCGGCAAAAAGUGGGGAUCAUUCACUCGGAGGAAACAAAAGUAUGAUCCAGAUUUCAUCCUCGCCCCUGGUCAGAACAUUUUUUCGAAGUCUACCGAGUCUCGCUCACUCUGACCAUCUUGUUUCAGUCAUUGCUAAAAAACUUCAUGAAUCCUGUAGAGUUAUUCUAAUCUAAACUCAACCCAGCUGCCAGUUGGGUUCCAAAGCCAGGUUUCAAAUAAGCAACCUGUUGUGAUGUUGAUGAAGACUUCAGAAGGGGAUGAUGAUACAUUCACCAACUUCUGGACUGGAGAUUAAAAAACCACAACUUCGAAAACCUGACUAGCACCUCAAAGCACAGAUUCAAAACAUUUCAUGCGAUUUCGAUGGGGUCUUCUGGAAAAAAGAUCCGUUUGGAUCAGCAUCCCCUUGUCUACAAUGUUGUCGUCAGAGGAAGGAAGUCAUGCUUUUAGAGUCUAAUUCUUGCUACUUUCUCACAACAACAACAGCAAUAGCAAGCUGUAAGCACAGUUGUAUACUGAAUGCUGCAGAGGGGCUUAGAUAAUCAGCUUGAAUAACCCGAAGGAGACAAAAAAAUAAAAGUGGGGCCAGAUCACUAAUACGGUUCUUCAGAAUUAUGCCGUGAUAUAAUGAAUUGUGAGAAUGGCAUGUAUCCUCCAACGACAGUCUGCAUCCUGUUUGGAUGUUGUAUGAUACAGGUACAUGAACUUGUGGUUGUUGGUGUUGGAUCAUUUAUCAA